GAACAGGAAGAGAGAGAGAAAGAGUGAGCAAGAGAGAGAGGAAGACCAAAAUGAAUUUGAACUGCAAGCCGAUCUGAGUUUCCACUGACGUGUUUCCGUAUAUUUUGAAAGCAAAUGCAAAACAGCAAAUAGAGUCUCCAACAAGAGGAGUCUCGUCCGGGUCUGUUGUCGGAAUGGCAAGAAACCAGCCUUGGUACCAUGGCAAUAUUACACGUUCCAAAGCUGAGGACUUGCUUUCCAAGGCAGCAAAGGAUGGAAGCUUUCUACUGCGGGACAGUGAAUCCAUCCAAGGAGCCUAUGCCCUCUGUGUACUGUAUCAGAAGUGUGUGUACACUUACAGGAUCUUGCCAAAUGAAGAGAAGAAACUUUCUGUACAGGCCUCUGUGGGUGUGCCCAUCCGUUUCUUCACGGUGAUAAACGACCUUGUGGAGGAGUACCGCAAGGAGAACUUGGGUCUGGUGACACACCUGCAGUUCGCAGUGCAGAACGAGUGUGAGACAGAGGACGAGCCAGAGCCAGGGUCGAUGCCUCCUCAACUACCACCAAGAAAUAUCAGUGGUGGGCCUUGCGUGAGUGAUGCCAAAGAGUCUUAUGGCGACUCUUCCAAGGGCUUUGAGCCUGCACUGGCCUCCAUUUCUGAAACAUACAUACAGAGACUGCAGCACAUAGACAUAUCGAAUGCUCAAGAAGAUCACAUAAAAUCCAUCCAGGACUACUUCCGCAACAUGGUCAGUCUCGAUGCAGAACAAGUGCAGAAUGGUAACCCCACUCUUCCACAGCUGAAAAAGUUAACGCAGGGCAUCUGCAAGAAUUUAAGCAGUGAAAUUUCCCGCACUUUACCGACACUGGAAGCCUUUCAGAAAGUGAUGGACCAGCAGCUUUCCCCUGGAUCUGGACGUCUAAGGAGUCAGGUUUCUGCUGAUCCAAGUCUAUCUGUGACCUUCAGACUAGAGCAGCUGACUAAGCUUCUGUAUUCAAUCGAAGAAAAGGUGAAGAAUGUUGUAUUUGAUUCAGUUGGAUAUGAUGGUGGCCACAGAAAUUCACUCAUACCACCUGUAACCUUUGAAGUUAAAUUCGAUAUCCUGAGCAUUCCAACCAAAUCAUAUCUCAAAGUAGAUGUGGAAGGUGGAAAGGUGUAUGUCAAGAAAUCCAAAGAUGGCUCGGAGGACAAAUACUUUGUACACAACAAAAUCUUACAGCUGGUGAAGUCACAGAAGGUGCAUAACAAGCUGGUGAUUGUGGCAGAGACGGAGAAAGAGAAGACACAGAGGAAGGAGUAUGUCUUUGAAGACUCUAAGAAAAGAGAGGGAUUUUGCCAGCUCCUCCAGCAGAUGAAGAAUAAGCACUCGGACAAGCCUGAACCUGAUAUGAUUACCAUCUUCAUAGGCACAUGGAACAUGGGAAAUGCCAGCCCCCCACACAACAUUACUUCCUGGUUCCAGUCGAAGGGCCUGGGGAAGACUCAGGACGACACUGCUGAUCAAAUACCUCAUGACAUCUAUGUCAUCGGGACUCAGGAGGACCCCCUGGGAGAACGGGAGUGGAUCGAUGUCGUGAAAAGCACCCUGAGGGACAUCACUAAUAUUAGCUUCAAACAAGUGGCCAUCCACACACUGUGGAGCAUUCGCAUCGUGGUGCUGGCCAAGCCAGAGCAUGAGAACCGCAUCUCGCACAUCUUCUCAAACAGCGUCAAGACAGGAAUCGCCAACGCUCUGGGAAAUAAAGGAGCUGUAGGUGUGUCCUUCAUGUUCAAUGGCACAUCCUUUGGAUUUGUCAACAGCCAUCUGACCUCUGGGAGUGAGAAGAAACUUAGGCGAAACCAGAACUACAUCAGCAUUCUACGCUUUUUGAACCUUGGCGAUAAGAAACUAAAUCCAUUUGACAUCACACAUCGAUUCACCCACCUCUUCUGGUUGGGUGAUUUGAAUUAUCGUGUUGAGCUUCCCUCAACAGAAGCAGAGAAUAUAGUAGCAAAGAUCAAGAGCCAGCAGUAUCCGGAACUCCUGAGCCGAGACCAGCUCACCAUGGAGAGGGGAGAUGAGAAGGUCUUUUUGCAUUAUGAAGAGGAAGAGAUCACAUUCCCCCCCACAUACCGUUUUGAGAGGGAUACACGUGAGAAGUAUGCUUACACGAAAGCAAAGGCCACAGGGACAAAAUAUAACCUUCCGUCCUGGUGUGACCGUGUUCUGCGCAAGUCCUACCCCCUUGUGCAUGUUGUUUGCCAAUCGUAUGGCUGCACCAACGACAUCAUGACAAGCGAUCAUUCUCCUGUGUUUGCUACAUUUGAAGUGGGAGUGACAUCACAGUUUGUUUCAAAAAAUGAUCCGAACAGUGUAUCUCAGGGAGCAAUUCAGUUCAUGAACUGCAUGGCAAGGCUUAUGACCAAGUCCAAGACAAGAUUUUUCAUUGAGUACCACUCCAGCUGUCUGGAGAGUUGUGUCAAGAGUUCUGAGGGAGAGAACCAAGAGCACUCAGACGGGUCAAUAAAGGUUCGAUUUGGAACGCAGGUUGAGCUCACUCCCAUCAUUUCAGACCCGGAGUAUCUGUUGGAUCAGCACAUCCUCAUAAGUGUCAAGUCCACUGACAGUGAGGAGUCAUAUGGAGAGGGCUGUGUAGCUUUGCGAGCGGCUGAAUCCUCCAUGGCAGAGUUCCACAUCCCGUUGACGCACCACGGAGAGCAGACGGGCAUGCUGUCGGGCGCCAUCCAACUGCGCAUCUCAGGGGGGAAGCAGACAGAGAAGCUAUACGAUUUCAUCAAGUUGGGGGAUGAUUCGGGAGCAAGUCAAAAAGGCAACAAGUCUGCCUUCCCCCUCCCUUCUGAUAUCAGUAACCCCAGUUACAUGGGGGUGGGUUUGAACAGAGCCUGGAACUCCAGUGUGCCUGCCAGACCAAGCCCACCAGGGCAUGUAGGCAAGGACAUGACCCCAAGUAAUCUCUCUCCAGUCUGCAGUCCUUCAGGAAACACAUCUGAGGAUGGUAUCCCCGCCGAAAUGUUCGACAACCCUCUCUAUGGUUCCAUGACCAAGCAAAAAGCUCCCUCGCGCACAAAGGACAAGGAGCCUCGAGAAGAUAUCUUCGCUUUUCCCAAGCCAUCAGAUUCGGAGGCCGACCGUCUGGCCCCGGUCCCAACACCCCGAAUCCGUUCCUACACCUGCAGCGAAACCAAACCGCAGGUCCCCGCCUCUCUCCAGCCCCCUGGCCUCACCAAAAAGCCUGUGGUGCCAUCUCGCUCUGAAGCAGGCAUGAUGCAAGCCAGUAAGCCUCCUCUGCCAGUGAAGUUUCGUCCAGGGGAUAUUCAACCCAUCAUCAGGCCCAGGGACUAUAGGGACAGUUCCGAGCUCCCCAACAAGCCCAGGGACUACAGGGACAGCUCUGAGCUCCCUAACAAAUCUAAGGUCCCGGCAAGACCCACUAAAGAUGUGCAUCAUGAGGGAGGUGGGAAGAUGGGACGCUCAGUCAAAUGACACAAUCAAAACUGCCUUCUUUUCUGGUUUGUGAUUCUUGACCAUAACAAAGACUUGGCAAGCCAGAUCAUCAAUCAAGGACAGAAAUCCCACACAAUUUGCAAAUGAGUAGCUGUCUUGUGUUCUUUUUUUUUACAGCAAAUCACCCUUUUCACUCCAGUGCUUUGCUGCUUUGUGAAAGAAUAUAUUGUUUUGGUAAAUGCUAUUUGUCUACUUUUCUAUAGACAGACCGAGUGGGGCUGCUGGAUGGCUUAUCUUCUUUACUAACUGUUGGACAGCAAGGGCAUGCAAGUGCCAAUUUUAGCUGUCAGUCUCCUCCACCUCUUCUUCUUCUUCUUCUUCUUCUUCUUCUCAAUCCUGCAAGUUUGGCCUGUUGACUUCAUAUGCUUGACUUCACAUGUAUUGAUAGCAGCGAUAUACAAUGAUAUAGCAGUGAUAUACAAUUGGACAGUUCCUAAUUGUGAAGAAAAAUGUAAGGAAGCAAAAUGGUCAAAAAGCCAUUUUGUGUUGUUGUAACUUCAUAGCUGUUUGUCUCUUUAAAAUCAGAACAUUUCAGGUCUAUUCAUUAACAGUGGUGAUUCUUCUGCUGGUUAAACUCAUUAUCUGCUGAUGCCAUUUUUGGUCGAGAUUUUUUAAGGCAUUGUUUGUACAGUAGUUCAGUGCAAUGGCAAUAAAGUUUAGAAUUUCAUUGGCUUGCAUAUCCUGGAUACUUUAUUUCAUUUAUACUGAUUGAAAUAAAAUUACAUUUUGAAUAAAA